GCCAUAUUGCAGCUGUCACCGGCAGCUGUCACUGCCUGUAGUCGGUCUUGUGAAGUAAUUCUGUGUUUUAUCGUGUGAUUUUAUUUGUACCCCCAUGGGGGACUCUUUGGAAGGGAGUGAGUCCACUCCCGAGCCUCAAAAUGUGACCAUUGUCGAUUUUAACGCCUUUACGAAUUUUUUAACAAAAGCCGCAACGGUGCUCCUCCCUGAAGACAACCAAUGGGAAUUAACGAAUCUUCGGGCAGCCCUCGACGACAAAGUCAAUCAAGAAAUAAUCCGGAAGUUCCUGGCGGAUUCCCAGGUGUCCAUUCUUUAUUUACAGAGGAGUCCUUCGAAAGAUGAUGACAGCGACCAGCCUCCAGAGGGCGAGGAGGAGAAGGAACCCGUCACCUUCUACAUCAGCAACGAAGUGCACUACUCCAGCUCGAAGAUGUCCAGCCUCGUCUGCAUCAAGCGCGGUGCCGUCAUCGAGGCCGACAAGAGCAUCCGAGCCCAGGUGCGCCUGAUGAACUUCAGCGACGGCUCCCCGUACGAAAUCCUCCACUCCUACAUCAGUAAAACCGUGGCUCCGUUUUUCAAAUCCUACGUUAAAGAAUCGGGUCGUGCCGACCGCGACGGCGACAAGAUGGCGCCCUCGGUCGAGAAGACCAUCGCCGAGCUGGAGAUGGGGCUGUUGCACCUCCAGCAGAACAUCGACAUCCCGGAAAUCACGCUCCAGGUGCACCCCUACGUGGCGAGCUUGAUAAAGCAGUGCGCCGACGAGGGCAGGAAGCCCAAAGUGGCCGAUUUCAGCGACAAGGUGGAGGAUUCGAACUUUUUGAACCAGCUGCAGCACGGCGUCAAUCGCUGGAUCAAGGAGAUCCAGAAGGUGACGAAAUUGGAUAGGGACCCGUCGUCGGGGACGGCGUUACAAGAGAUUAGUUUCUGGUUGAAUUUGGAGAGGGCGCUGCAUAGGAUACAGGAGAAGCGGGAGAGUAUGGAGGUGGCUUUGACCCUGGAUAUCUUGAAACAUGGGAAGAGGUUCCAUGCGACGGUGUCGUUCGAUACGGACACGGGGCUCAAACAGGCGAUUGCGACGGUCAAUGAUUAUAACCCCUUAAUGAAGGACUUCCCAAUCAACGACCUUCUGUCCGCCACCGAAUUGGAACGAAUCCGCGCCGCAGUCCAGCUGAUCUUCGCCCAUCUGCGCAAAAUCCGCUCCACCAAAUACCCAAUCCAGCGUUGUCUCCGUCUGGUCGAAGCUAUUUCCCGCGAUUUAGGCGCUCAGCUGCUAAAAGUCCUCGGAACACGAAGACUAAUGCACAUCCCGUUCGACGAAUUCGAGAAAGUCAUGACCCAGUGCUUCGACGUCUUCACCAUCUGGGAGGACGAGUACGAAAAACUGCAGGCUUUGCUGAGAGACAUAAUCAAGAAGAAGCGCGACGAACAGAUGAAAAUGGUCUGGCGCAUUUCUGCUCAGCACAAGAAACUGCAGAACCGCAUGGAGCACAUGCGUAAGUUCCGUCGUCAACAUGAGCAGCUGCGCACUGUCAUCGUGCGCGUGCUGAGGCCGUCGGUGCGCGACACUAGCGCCCCGGUCGAAGGAGAGGACCUGGAGCAGUCCAAGCCGACGUUGUCGCUGGACGCGGCCGACGCCAACGCCAUCGAGGAGGUCAAUCUGGCGUACGAGAACGUGAAAGAGGUGGAUUGUCUGGACAUCACGAAGGAAGGCCAGGACGCGUGGGAUGCGGCGGUCCAGCGGUACGAAGAGCGAAUCGAUAGGGUGGAGACCAGGAUCACGGCGCACUUGAGGGAUCAGUUGGGUACUGCAAAGAACGCGAACGAGAUGUUCAGGAUUUUUUCGCGCUUCAAUGCGCUGUUCGUGCGGCCGCAUAUCAGAGGGGCGAUCAGGGAGUACCAGACGCACUUGAUUCAAAGGGUGAAGGACGAUAUUGAGGCCCUGCAUGAGAAGUUUAAGGUCCAGUACCCCCAGAGUAAUAGUGCGAGGAUUAGUAAGGUAAGGGACUUGCCUCCGGUCGCCGGGUCGAUUAUAUGGGCACGACAGAUCGAUCACCAGCUAACGACUUACCUCAGGAGGGUCGAAGAUGUGUUAGGUAAGGGCUGGGAGAACCACAUCGAGGGUCAAAAACUGAAAGCCGACGGUGACAGUUUCCGUAUCAAGCUCAACACGCAAGAGAUCUUCGACGAUUGGGCUCGCAACGUCCAGCAGCGCAAUCUAGGGGUGACGGGACGCAUUUUCACUAUCGAAGCCGUGCGUUCGAAGAGCGGGCGCGGCAACGUGCUGAAAUUGCGGGUCAACUUCUUGCCCGAAAUUAUCACCCUGGCUAAGGAAGUGCGCAAUUUGAAGUGUCUAGGGUUCCGAGUACCACUGGCCAUUGUUAAUAAGGCUCACCAGGCAAAUCAGCUUUAUCCGUUUGCCAUUUCGUUGAUCGAGAGUGUGCGCACUUACGAGAUGACUCUGGAGAAGCUGUCGAACAGGAUUAGUGCUCAAAGCGGUACUAAGAUCGAAGACAAAGCCAGCAUUAUCCCCCUAGUGGCGGCCAUGCGCAAAGAGGUCCAGCAACUCAUAGCCGAAGGCAUACAGCUCGUCUGGGAGAGCUACAAACUUGACCCUUACGUUCAGCGUCUCUCCGACGCCGUGGUAAGCUUCCAGGAACGGGUCGAAGAACUGGUGAUCGUUGGCGAACAACUAGAAGUGGAUGUGCGUUCCUUGGAAACUUGUCCUUACUCGGCUAACACUUUCGCGGAUAUUUUGUCCAAAAUCCAGCAUGCUGUGGAUGACUUGUCGUUAAAGCAGUACUCGAAUUUGCAUAUUUGGGUUAAUCGAUUGGACGAAGAAGUGGAGAAGAAUCUGGCGAGACGGUUACAAGCUGGUAUUGAAGCGUGGACGGAUGCUUUGAACGGACAGAAGAAGGAAAUCGAUCAUAGUAUGGAUACGGAUGCGCCGGCGCAGCCUACGCAUAAACCGGGUGGUGACCCGCAGAUUCAAGUGGUGGUUCAUGAAGUGAGAAUCACCAAUCAGACGAUGUAUUUGUACCCGAGCAUCGAAGAGGCAAGGUUCCAGAUCAUGCAACAGUUAUUCGCAUGGGAGGCUAUAGUUAUGAGCCAGCAGAGACUGCAGAGCAGUCGGUACCAAGUCGGUGUGGACAAACCCGUCGCGGAAACAUACAGGAACAUCUUGACGAAGUUGCCGAACAAAUCGGAACCACUGGAGAGUGCGUACCGAGCUAUAGCUUCUAAGAUCAAAGAGAUACAGAAUUACGUCAACGAGUGGUUGACCUAUCAGAGUUUGUGGGAUUUGCAAGCCGACAAUUUGUACGGAAAGUUAGGCGAUGACAUCAGCAAGUGGAUGGAGUGUCUCAACGAUAUUAAGAAAACUCGUACCACGUUUGAUACUUCGGAUACCCGUCGCGAGUUUGGUCCAGUCGUCAUCGACUUCGCCAAAGUCCAGAGUAAAGUAUCUCUGAAGUACGACUCUUGGCAUAAGGAGACCCUAAGUAAAUUCGGUACUUUGCUCGGAAACGAAAUGGUGACCUUCCAUAGUACCGUCUCGAAAUCUCGAAGCGACCUAGAACUACAAAGCAUCGAAGCAGCUAGUACCUCAGACGCCGUUUGCUUCAUCACCUACGUCCAGCAGCUCAAACGCAACAUGAAAGCCUGGGAGAAGCAAGUCGAGAUCUACCGCGAAGGCCAGAGGAUUCUCGAACGACAAAGAUUCCAAUUCCCGACGAGCUGGCUCCACGUGGAGAACCUCGAAGGCGAAUGGGGCGCCUUCAACGAGAUCAUCAAACGCAAAGACUCGUCAAUCCAAACCCAAGUGGCGAGCCUCCAGCAGAAGAUCGUCUCCGAAGACAAAGCCGUCGAGAGUCGUACCAACGACUUCUUGAACGACUGGGAGCGAAGCAAACCAGUUGAAGGCCACCUCAAGCCCGACGACGCUCUCACCCAACUCCAACUCUUCGAGAGCAAGUUCGCUCGUUUGAAAGAAGAACGCGACAACGUCGCGAAAGCCAAAGAAGCUUUGGAGUUGCAAGAGCCAGGCGGUGUUAGUACCAGCGAAGACCGCAUGCAAGUGGUUUACGAAGAGUUGCAAGAUUUGAGAGGAGUGUGGUCCGAGUUGGCUAGAAUUUGGACCCAGAUUGAUGAAACUAGAGAGAAACCGUGGUUGUCGGUACAACCCAGGAAGUUGCGUCAGCAACUGGACGCGAUGAGUGCGCAGUUGAAGGAACUCCCGGCUAGGUUGAGACAGUACGCGUCGUACGAGUACGUCAAGAAGACGUUGCAGAACUAUACUAAAGUCAACAUGUUGAUAGUGGAGUUGAAGUCCGACGCGUUGAAAGAGAGACACUGGAAGCAACUGAUGAAGCAGUUGAGGGUGAAUUGGGUACUGUCGGAUUUGACUUUGGGACAAGUCUGGGACGUCAAUCUUCAGAAGAACGAGUCGAUUGUUAAAGAUAUUAUUUUGAUCGCGCAAGGAGAGAUGGCGUUGGAAGAGUUCUUGAAACAAGUGAGGGAGUCGUGGCAGACGUACGAGCUCGAUUUGAUCAACUAUCAGAACAAGUGUAAGUUGAUUCGCGGCUGGGACGAUCUUUUCAAUAAAGUCAAGGAACAUAUUAAUUCGGUGGCCGCCAUGAAGUUGUCUCCGUAUUACAAAGUCUUUGAAGAGGAAGCCCUCACUUGGGAGGAGAAGUUGAAUCGCAUUAACGCCCUCUUUGAUGUUUGGAUUGACGUGCAAAGACGCUGGGUUUACUUGGAAGGGAUCUUCUCCGGGAGCGCCGACAUCAAGACCUUGCUUCCCGUUGAAACGUCGCGCUUCCAAAGUAUUAGUUCUGAAUUCUUAGGUCUGAUGAAGAAAGUAAGCAAAUCCCCGAUGGUCAUGGACGUUUUGAAUAUUCCCGGGGUGCAACGAGCCCUCGAGCGUUUGGCUGAUCUCCUUGGCAAGAUCCAAAAGGCUUUGGGCGAGUACUUGGAACGUGAACGUACUUCUUUCCCCCGGUUUUACUUCGUCGGAGACGAGGAUCUCCUCGAAAUCAUCGGUAACAGCAAAAACGUGGCACGUCUGCAGAAACACUUCAAGAAGAUGUUCGCUGGAGUCGCUUCCAUCAUCCUGAACGAAGAUAACACAGUCAUCACUGGAAUAGCAUCGCGCGAAGGCGAAGAAGUCGUCUUCGGUUCACCCGUCUCAACUAUUGAACACCCGAAAAUCAACGAAUGGUUGACCCUAGUUGAGAAAGAAAUGAGAGUGACGUUAGCCUCAAGUUUGGCACAAUCCGUGCAAGACGGGAAACAGUUCAAAGACGGAAUCGACCCGAAACAGUACAUGACGUGGGUCGACAAGUACCAAGCCCAGAUUGUGGUACUAGCCGCCCAGAUUCUAUGGAGCGAAGACGUGGAAGCCGCACUCGUCAAAAUGAACGGAGAAGCCCAGAAAGGACCCCUGGAGAAGGUGUUGCAGCAAGUGGAGAACACCUUGAACGUCUUGGCUGACUCAGUACUACAAGAGCAACCACUCUUGAGACGCAAGAAACUCGAGCACUUGAUUAACGAGUUCGUGCAUAAGAGAACUGUGACUAGACGCUUGAUGGCCAAUGGGGUGUCGAGCAACAAGGCGUUCGAGUGGUUGUGCGAGAUGCGGUACUACUUCGACCCUCGCCAGACCGAAGUCCUGAAACAACUGACGAUUCAUAUGGCCAACGCCAAGUUUUACUACGGUUUUGAGUACUUAGGGGUACAGGAUCGGUUAGUGCAGACGCCGCUGACGGAUCGGUGCUACUUAACUAUGACGCAGGCGCUGGAAGCCAGAUUGGGUGGUUCUCCGUUCGGGCCUGCCGGUACCGGUAAAACCGAGUCAGUCAAAGCUUUGGGUAACCAAUUAGGUCGUUUCGUUCUCGUGUUCAACUGCGACGAAACGUUCGAUUUUCAAGCGAUGGGGAGGAUCUUCGUUGGGUUGUGUCAAGUGGGAGCGUGGGGGUGCUUCGAUGAGUUCAAUCGUUUGGAGGAGAGGAUGUUGUCGGCGGUGUCGCAGCAAAUACAGACGAUUCAAGAGGCGCUGAAGUCGCAGAAAGAGAGGGAGAGUUCGGAUUCGGUGUCCACAGGAAGUAUCACAGUCGAGCUGGUGGGAAAGCAAGUCCGGGUUUCGCCGGAUAUGGCGAUUUUCAUUACGAUGAAUCCGGGUUAUGCGGGACGUUCGAAUUUGCCUGAUAAUUUGAAGAAGUUGUUUAGGUCUUUGGCGAUGACUACACCCGAUAGGCAACUGAUUGCGGAAGUUAUGUUGUUCUCGCAAGGAUUCCGUACGGCUGAGAAGUUAGCUUGCAAGAUAGUACCAUUCUUCAAGUUGUGCGACGAGCAACUAUCGAAUCAGUCUCACUACGAUUUUGGGCUGCGUGCCCUCAAGUCGGUUUUGGUUUCGGCUGGUAACGUCAAGCGCGACCGAAUCCAGAGAAUCAAAGAAGGGUUGAAGCAGAGGGGCGAAACCAACAUAGAUGAAGCCAGCAUUGCCGAAAAUCUACCCGAACAAGGAAUAUUGAUACAGUCGGUGUGCGAAACGAUGGUACCGAAACUGGUAGCCGAAGACAUACCUUUGUUGUCAAGUUUGUUGAACGACGUAUUCCCGAACGUCCAAUACACUCGAGCAGAAAUGAAAGGUUUGAAGGACGAAAUCCGCAAGGUUUGCCAAGAAGAGUUCUUGGUUUGUGGUGAAGGGGACGAGCAAGGAUCACACUGGAUGGAGAAGAGAACGUACGUAGGAGAGACUUGGAUUCAGAAGGUUCUCCAACUGUACCAAAUCUCCAACCUCAACCACGGUCUGAUGAUGGUAGGCCCGAGUGGUUCCGGUAAGAGUACCGCCUGGCGAGUACUCCUCAAAGCUUUGGAAAGAUUCGAAGGUACCGAAGGUGUCGCUCACGUCAUCGACCCCAAAGCCAUCAGCAAAGAAGCUCUUUACGGUGUCCUGGACCCCAACACCCGCGAAUGGACCGACGGCCUCUUCACCCACAUUCUCCGUAAAAUCAUCGACAACGUCCGCGGCGAAAUCAACAAGCGCCAAUGGAUUAUUUUCGACGGCGACGUCGAUCCAGAGUGGGUCGAGAACUUGAACUCGGUCCUCGACGACAAUAAACUCCUGACUCUACCGAACGGCGAACGUUUAUCGCUACCUCCGAACGUCCGCGUCAUGUUCGAAGUCCAGGACUUGAAGUACGCAACUCUGGCUACCGUCUCCCGGUGCGGCAUGGUCUGGUUCUCCGAAGACGUCCUCUCAACUGAGAUGAUCUUCGAAAAUUAUAUGUUGCGGUUGAAGAGUAUUCCUUUGGAGGAGGGCGAAGACGAUAGUUUUGGGAAGAAAUCCGAGAAUAAGGAGGAUUUGUUGUCGCCGACGCUUCAAGUUCAAGUGGACGUCGCGAAUAUUUUGCAGAGUCAUUUAGCCCCGGAUGGUUUAGUCGUGCGGUGCUUGGAGUACGCGAUGGAGCAGGAGCACAUCAUGGAUUUCACCCGAUUGAGGGCGUUGAGUUCGUUGUUCUCGAUGUUGAAUCAGUGUGUGAGGAACGUGCUCCAGUACAACCAUUCGCAUGUCGAUUUUCCGUUGUCGAACGAACAACUGGAGAAGUAUAUACCGAAGUGCCUGGUGUAUUCUUUGUUGUGGAGUUUUGCUGGGGAUGCGAAAUUGAAGGUGCGGUCGGACUUGGGUGACUUUAUUCGAUCGGUGACGACCGUGCCGCUGCCACCGUCGAACAACAUGCCCAUAAUCGACUACGAGGUCAACAUAGAGGGAGAAUGGUCACCGUGGUCUAACAAAGUACCACAGAUUGAAGUGGAGACGCACAAAGUCGCGUCGCCGGAUAUAGUAGUACCGACGCUGGAUACAGUACGGCAUGAGUCGUUACUGUACACGUGGCUGGCGGAGCACAAACCAAUAGUGCUAUGUGGACCUCCCGGCUCCGGUAAAACCAUGACACUCUUUUCGGCUUUGCGGGCCCUACCGGACAUGGAAGUAGUCGGUUUGAAUUUCUCCUCGGCCACGACUCCCGAGUUACUAUUGAAGACAUUCGACCACUAUUGUGAGUACCGGAAGACACCCAACGGCGUUAUCUUAGCUCCAGUACAGUUGGGCAAAUGGUUGGUACUCUUCUGCGACGAAAUCAACUUACCCGAUAUGGAUAACUACGGUACUCAGCGAGUGAUCAUGUUCCUGCGCCAAAUCGUCGAACAGCGAGGUUUCUACAGAGCGUCUGAUCAAACCUGGGUUACUUUGGAACGCAUUCAGUUCGUGGGAGCGUGUAACCCACCUACUGAUCCCGGCCGAAAACCUCUAUCCCACAGGUUCUUGAGACACGUCCCUGUGAUUUACGUCGAUUACCCUGGUGAGACCUCCUUGAAACAGAUUUAUGGUACCUUCACCCGAGCUAUGUUGAGACUGACUUUGGGUUUGAGAGGGUUCGCCGAGCCUUUGACCAACGCAAUGGUCGAAUUUUACCUGGCGUCACAAGAUCGGUUCACCCAGGAUAUGCAACCCCACUAUGUGUACUCACCACGUGAGAUGACCCGAUGGGUCCGUGGUAUUUGUGAAGCGAUUAGACCUUUAGACCACCUUAAUGUGGAAGGGUUGGUGAGGUUGUGGGCCCACGAAGCGUUGAGGUUGUUCCAAGACCGGUUAGUAGAGGAUUCGGAAAGGCGAUGGACCAAUGAAAACAUCGACGCUGUAGCUUUGAAACAUUUCCCGUCGGCGAAUUGCGACAAGGCUUUGGAACGACCUAUACUUUAUAGCAAUUGGUUGAGUAAGGACUACGUUCCGGUGGACCGCGAACAACUAAGAGAGUACGUGAAAGCGCGGCUUAAGGUGUUCUACGAAGAGGAAUUGGACGUACCGUUGGUACUUUUCGAUGAGGUACUCGACCACGUGUUGCGAAUCGACCGUAUCUUCAGACAACCACAAGGUCACUUAUUACUAAUCGGGGUUUCGGGUGCUGGUAAAACUACUCUGUCGCGCUUUGUGGCCUGGAUGAACGGGCUGUCAAUUUUCCAAAUCAAGGUUCACAAUAAGUAUACCGCUGAGGACUUCGACGAGGACCUACGUUCGGUUUUGAGACGCAGCGGUUGCAAGGAUGAGAAAAUCGCCUUCAUUUUGGACGAAUCAAACAUGUUGGAUUCUAGUUUCUUGGAACGGAUGAACACGCUAUUGGCCAAUGGUGAAGUACCUGGGUUGUUUGAAGGUGACGAGUACACCACUCUCAUGACUCAGUGUAAAGAGGGUGCACAACGUGAAGGUUUAAUGCUGGAUUCCAGCGACGAGUUGUACAAGUGGUUUACUCAGCAAGUCAUGCGUAACUUACACGUGGUGUUCACUAUGAAUCCGUCGACGGAUGGUUUGAAGGACCGUGCCGCCACGUCUCCCGCUUUGUUCAAUCGCUGCGUCUUGAACUGGUUCGGUGAUUGGUCGGAUGGCGCCUUAUUCCAAGUAGGCAAGGAGUUCACGAACAGAGUCGACUUAGAUAAACCGACUUGGAAAGCACCUGACUUUUUCCCGGCGGCUUGUACUUUGAUUUCUGCCACCCCCACGCACCGAGAGGCGGUGAUAAAUGGAUGUGUGUACGUCCACCAAACGUUGCAUAAAGCCAACGCACGAUUGGCGAAACGGGGUAGUCGCACGAUGGCCAUCACACCUCGACACUACCUGGACUUCAUCCACCACUUCGUCAAGUUGUACAAGGAGAAGAGAUCGGACUUGGAAGAGCAGCAGCUGCAUUUGAACGUCGGUUUGAGCAAGAUUGCAGAAACCGUGGAACAGGUGGAGGAGAUGCAGAAGAGUCUUGCGGUGAAAUCUCAGGAACUGCAAGCCAAGAACGAAGCUGCCAAUGCCAAGCUGCGCCAGAUGGUCAAAGACCAGCAAGAAGCCGAAAAGAAGAAGGUCCAGAGCCAAGAGAUCCAGCUGCAGCUGAGCGAGCAGACCAUCCACAUCGAGCAGAAGCGGCAGGAGGUCAUGGCCGACCUCGCCCAGGUCGAGCCCGCCGUCAUCGACGCCCAGAACGCCGUAAAGUCUAUCAAAAAACAACAGUUGGUCGAAAUCCGUACGAUGGCAAAUCCCCCUGCGGUGGUAAAAUUGGCCUUAGAAUCCAUUUGCUUGUUACUCGGUGAAAACGCAAGCGACUGGAAGUCUAUUCGAGCGGUCAUCAUGCGUGAUAACUUCAUCAAUACUGUAGUCAACAAUUUCAAUACCGAGGAUAUUAGCGACGACGUCCGCGAAAAGAUGAAAACCCGCUACCUCAACAACCCCGACUACAACUUCGAGAAGGUCAACCACGCCAGUAACGCCUGCGGACCGCUAGUCAAGUGGGCGAUGGCCCAAAUCCUCUACGCCGACAUGCUAAAGAAAGUCGAACCCUUGCGCCAAGAACUCAGCUCCCUGGAAAAACAAGCCGAAACCAACCAGAAACGCGGCGAAGAAGUCAAGAACUUGAUCAGCCAACUGGAACUAAGCAUAGCCUCGUACAAGGAAGAGUACGCCCAGUUGAUCGCGCAAGCGCAAGCCAUCAAAACCGACCUAGAGAACGUCCAAGCUAAAGUCGACCGCUCGAUCGCUCUCCUCAAGAGCUUGGUGAUCGAAAGAGAGCGCUGGGAGGCCACGAGCGAGACCUUCAGGUCACAGAUGUCCACAAUCAUCGGCGACGUACUCCUAUCAGCCGCGUUCAUAGCGUACGGCGGGUACUUCGACCAGCACUACCGCCAGAAUCUCUUCAGUACGUGGUGCCAGCACUUAACACAAGCCGCGAUUCAGUACAGGCCGGAUAUAGCAAGAACUGAGUACUUGUCGAAUCCGGACGAAAGGUUGAGGUGGCAAGCGAACGCGCUACCUUCGGAUGACUUGUGUACCGAAAACGCAAUCAUGUUGAAGAGGUUCAACCGGUACCCGCUUAUCAUUGACCCAUCCGGACAAGCCACCGAGUACAUCAUGAACGAAUUCAAAGACAAGAAGAUCACGAAAACGAGUUUCUUGGAUGACUCGUUUAGGAAGAAUUUGGAGUCGGCUUUGCGGUUCGGUAACCCGCUUUUGGUACAAGACGUGGAGAAUUACGACCCGAUUUUGAACCCGGUGUUGAAUAGGGAGUUGAGACGUACAGGGGGACGGGUUUUGAUCACUUUGGGUGACCAAGAUAUUGAUUUGUCGCCUUCGUUUGUCAUUUUCUUGUCGACGAGGGACCCCACUGUGGAGUUUCCACCGGAUAUUUGUUCUAGGGUCACUUUUGUUAACUUCACGGUGACGAGGAGUUCUUUGCAGAGUCAGUGUCUCAACCAGGUACUGAAAGCGGAACGACCUGACAUUGACGCGAAGCGGUCGGACUUGUUGAAGUUGCAAGGGGAGUUCCACUUGAGGUUGAGACAGUUGGAGAAGUCGCUGCUACAGGCGUUGAACGACGCUAAAGGAAAGAUCCUGGAUGAUGAUAGUGUGAUUACCACGUUAGAAACGCUGAAGCAAGAGGCAGCUGAGAUUGGUCAGAAGGUGGAAGAGACUGAUAAGGUUAUCUCGGAGAUUGAGACGGUGUCCCAACAGUACUUGCCGUUGUCACAGGCUUGCAGCAACACGUACUUCACCAUGGACAGUCUCAACCAAGUACACUUCUUGUAUCAGUACUCACUCCAGAUGUUCCUCGAUAUGUUCAGUAGCGUCCUCAUGAGUAACCCCCAUCUGGACAACAUAUCCGACUAUCAAGCGAGACUUAACAUCAUCACUACUGACCUCUUCUCCGUGUGUUACGAAAGAGUGGCCCGGGGAAUGUUACACAACGAUCGUCUUACUUUUGCGAUUUUACUGUGUCGCAUACACUUGAAAGGAGUACCCAAUGAACCUAACCUGGAUCAAGAAUUCAGCUUCUUCCUACGCGGUAAAGAGGGAGUGUUUAGUACUUCGACGGCCCCUCUAAUCGACGGUUUAAAUAGUGAGCAACAGGAAGCUAUGAUGCGGCUCGCCGCCCGUCUCCCCACUUUCAAGAAACUAUCAGAGAAGAUCAAAGAAAUGCCGGAGUUUGGGGCUUGGUUGCAACAAAGUACCCCUGAACAGUGUGUCCCGAGAUUAUGGAUCGAAGAACGCCAACUUAGUCCUAUUGGUACUUCCAUGUACCAGUUACUGGUGAUCCAGGCGUUCCGCCCGGAUCGAGUGAUCGCGGCAGCUCAACUUUUCGUCUCAGCGGUACUGGGCGAGAACUUCAUGCCGAGUGCCGAAAAGGAGUUAGAUUUGGCCGACUGCGUCGAGAAAGAAAUUCGUUCGAACGUCCCGGCACUACUUUGUUCGGUACCAGGUUUUGACGCGUCGGGACGCGUUGAUGACUUAGCAGCAGAACUGAAUAAGCAGAUUUCGAGCAUCGCCAUUGGUUCAGCCGAAGGUUUCAACCAGGCGGAUCGGGCUAUCAACAUGGCGUGUAAAACCGGGCGCUGGGUGAUGUUGAAGAACGUACAUUUGGCACCGCAGUGGUUAGUCCAACUGGAAAAGAAGUUGCAUUCGUUGCAACCGCACGCCAACUUUAGGUUGUUCCUAACCAUGGAGAUAAAUCCGAAGCUUCCGGUGAACCUAUUGAGAGCUGGAAGGAUCUUCGUGUUUGAGCCACCUCCAGGUAUUAGAGCGAAUUUGUUGCGGACGUUUAGUACGGUUCCGGCUAGUCGGAUGAUGAAACCACCGAACGAGAGAGCGCGGUUGUACUUCUUGUUGGCUUGGUUCCACGCCAUCGUCCAGGAAAGAUUGCGGUACUCGCCUUUGGGAUGGGCCAAGUACUACGAGUUCAACGAGUCGGAUUUGAGAGUGGCGUGCGAUACUUUGGACACCUGGAUUGAAACUACUGCGAUGGGUCGUACUAAUUUACCACCGGAGAAAGUACCGUGGGACGCGUUGGUCACUUUGCUAUCUCAAUCGAUUUAUGGUGGUAAAAUCGACAACGACUUCGACCAGCGAUUGCUACACUCGUUCCUAAACAAGUUGUUUACCCCGAAGAGUUUCGAAAGCGAUUUUGCGCUAGUGGCGAAUAUUGAUAAUGGUCCGAAUGGGAAUAGGCACAUCACCAUGCCCGAUGGUACUAGAAGGGACCACUUCUUGAAGUGGAUUGAAGGUUUAGCGGAUCGGCAAACCCCGGCUUGGUUAGGCUUGCCGAACAACGCCGAGAAGGUACUACUCACGACGCGAGGUACCGAUCUUGUCAGUAAGUUGUUGAAGAUGCAACAACUGGAAGACGACGAUGAGUUGGCUUACUCAGUUGACGAAAACUCUCCAACGGACGCCGCGCAAAUUGAUGGUAGACCAUCAUGGAUGAAGACUUUGCACAAUUCGGCCAUCACUUGGUUGCAAUUGUUGCCGAAGUCGCUGCAAACCCUCAAACGUACGGUGGAGAAUAUCAAAGAUCCGUUGUAUCGGUACUUCGAACGGGAGGUCAAUUCGGGGGCUAAAUUGCUCCAGGAUGUUAUUCACGACUUGAAGGACGUGGUUCUGAUUUGUCAAGGCGAGAAGAAACAGACAAACUACCAUAGGAUGAUGCUUGGAGAGUUAGUAAGAGGGAUUCUACCGGUGAAUUGGCGCCGCUAUACGGUACCAAGGGGUUGCACGGUCAUUCAGUGGAUCACUGAUUUCAGUCAAAGGGUGAAGCAGCUGCAGCAGGUGUCCAAACUUGUAUCAACAUCUGGUGCCAAAGAACUACAGAGCUUCCCAGUCUGGUUAGGAGGGUUGUUAAAUCCAGAGGCUUACAUCACGGCAACUAGGCAAUGCGUGGCUCAGGCUAACAGUUGGUCGCUGGAGGAGCUCUAUCUUGAGGUUACCAUCACGGAUUCCAAUGAUCAUGCCUCCGUUCCACACGACUGUUUCGCUGUCACAGGAAUUAAGCUACAGGGCGCUCAAUGCCGCAACAAUCAGUUGCUUCUAACGUCUAGCAUCAUGAUGGAGUUACCUAUAACUCUGAUGCGCUGGAUUCGGGUUUCUGGCGACGAAAAAUUAUCCACCAGCAAACUAUCGUUGCCCAUCUACUUGAAUUCCACGCGCACUGAGCUGUUGUAUACCGUGGACCUCAAUAUCGCACCUGGUCAGGACCCCCACAGCUUCUACGAAAGAGGCGUCGCUUUACUUACAUCUACCGCACUCAACUAAGUUUUAAUCUAUGCUACAUUUACAUUAAAAAUAUAUUCUUAAUUUUAAUAACCACCAAA